AUGGCAAGGGCUCUGGCCAAGACGCCCUUCCCCGAGCAUGACAAAGCACUCAUGGACGCGGGUGAAGCAUCGUCAGAGUCCGACGAGGACGCAGCCUUGGCGUGGGAUCUUCCAUUGUACGUGCGGCAUCCGACGAAGGUCAACAUUAUUGCCCUUAUCCUGUAUGCCGCCCUUGGCAUAUGCGUGAUGUCUUUCAAAGAGGACUGGACUUUCGUGACGUCCUUCUACGUCACGGUCCAAAUUAUCACUACGGUCGGCUACGGAGACAUUGCUCCCACUGAGAGUGGAGAGCUCUUCGUGAUAUUCUACGUCUUGCUGGGCACAGUCCUCCUUGCAGGGCUCUUGGAUCGCGUGACGGAGUCGCUCCUGCAAACCUCGGAUCAACGGCUCCAGGAGUCCCUGGAAGCAUUUCGGACCCGCAUGGUGAGGAGUGACAAUCAGGAUUCCGCGGGUAGCACUUGUGGCCCGGCGGACGGCAUAUUUACUUUGAGCAGGUCUGUGUACAGCCUGCUGCGUUGGAUGCUGGUCUACCUCUUCUUCCUGUCCGCUUGGGUCGCCUAUUUCAUGAUCUUCGAAGGAUGCUCCUGUUCCUAUGGAGCGACCCGCAUUGAUGGCUGCGAAGACGGGCAGCGCUGCGCGGCCACGGGAGGCGUUCAACUCAGCGUCCUCAGUGCAUCUUACAUGGGUGUCAUCACCUUCUCCACCGUCGGCUUCGGCGAUUUCAGCCCCAAGUCCCGGAAGGGAAGGAUCUUUGGCUCGAUCUGCAUGAUCCUUGGCAUAAUGGCCUUCGGCAAGGUGGUCACUCAUGAGUCCUGGUUUCUCGGAGGGUUUUCGAGAGGAUGGACAGAAAUAGAUCUGGCAAGGUGGCCCGCAGCGAGUUCGUGCUGUAUAUGCUUGUGA